CCCUUCCCUGGGAGGGGGACGGAAAGCAGAUGGGCCUGAGGAGAGCCCCAAGGGCGCGCGCAGGACGCCCCCCUCUCCCGUGCCCCGCCGAGGAGGGGGGAGGCCAAUACUUCCGGAACCGGACGGGAAGGGCAGGGUCGGGCGGCCCUGCGAGGCCUCAGUUUCCCCGCCUACAAAGGGAUGGCUGCCGGCCCCGCGCGAGUCGAGGGGCAGGGGCUAUCGCCGGAGACCCAGAGGCUGGCCGCCUUGCACUGCCCGCGGCGGGCGCUGGGGGCAGCGUGGAGCCCAGCCGGCAACCAGGAAGCGGCGGCGGGGCCUGCGCUGCCAGCGCCGCGCACGGCCGUGGCCCGGGCCGGGGCCAGGACCAUCAUGGCGGGGCCCGGCUGGGCGCCCCCGCGCCUCGAUGGCUACAUCCUCACCGAGCGGCUGGGCAGCGGCACGUACGCCACGGUGUACAAGGCCUACGGCAAGAGGGACACCCGGGAGGUGGUGGCCAUCAAGUGUGUGAGCAAGAAGAGUCUGAACAAGGCGUCGGUGGAGAACCUGCUGACGGAGAUCGAGAUCCUCAAGGCUAUCCGGCACCCCCACAUCGUGGAGCUGAAGGACUUCCAGUGGGACGGUGAAAACAUCUACCUCAUCAUGGAGUUCUGUGCGGGGGGUGACCUAUCCCGCUUCAUCCGGAGCCGCCGCAUCCUGCCGGAGAAGGUGGCGCGCAUCUUCCUGCAGCACUUGGCCAGUGCCCUGCAGUUCCUGCACAGCCGGAACAUCUCUCACCUGGAUCUGAAGCCGCAGAACAUCCUGCUGAGCUCUCUGGAGAAGCCCCACCUCAAGCUGGCUGACUUCGGCUUCGCACAGCACAUGUCCCCCUGGGAUGAGAAGCACGUGCUCCGAGGCUCCCCCCUCUACAUGGCCCCCGAGAUGGUGUGUCGACGCCAGUACGACGCCCGGGUGGAUCUCUGGUCCGUCGGCGUCAUCCUGUACGAGGCUCUUUUUGGCCAGCCGCCCUUCGCCUCCAAGUCAUUCACAGAGCUGGAGGAGAAGAUUCGUAGCAACCGUGUCAUCGAGCUUCCCACUCGGCCGCAGCUCUCCCAGAAUUGCCGAGACCUCCUGCAGCGGCUCCUGGAGCGGGACCCGGACAGGCGCAUCUCCUUCAAGGACUUCUUCGCUCACCCCUUUGUGGACCUCGAGCACAUGCCCAGCGGGAGGAGCCUGGAGCAGGCAACUGCUCUGGUCGUGGACGCUGUGAAGAAGGACCAGGAGGGAGACGCUGCGUCUGCCCUGUCUCUCUACUGCAAGGCAUUAGACUACUUUGUUCCAGCCUUACACUAUGAAGUGGAUGCCAGGCGCAAGGAGGCGAUUAAGGCGAAGGUGGCUCAGUAUGUGUCGAGGGCCGAGGAGCUCAAAGCCCUGGUCGGCUCCUCCAACCGGGCCCUUCUCCAGCAGGGCACCUGUGCGCGAGACCUCCUCAAAGAAAUGGCCAGAGACAAGCCGCGCCUGGUGGCCGCCCUGGACGUGGCCUCCGCCGCUAUGGCCAAGGAGGAGCAGGGCCCGGAGGACGGGGACGCCCUGGAGCUGUACCAGCAGAGCCUCGGGGAGCUCCUCCUGCUCCUGGCAGCUGAACCGGCGGGGAGGAGGCGGGAGCUGCUGCACGCCGAGAUCCAGACCCUGAUGGGCCGAGCAGAGUACCUGAAGGAGCAGCUCAAGAUGAAGGAGAAUCAAUGGGAAGCCGAGUCCGUGGACAAAGAUGGACUGUCCGAGUCUGUGCGAAGCUCCUGUACGCUGCAGUGACCUGGCCCGAGAGUCACCCGCUCCCUCCUCUCUGACAUCCUGCUGCCAGAUGCAAGCCUGGAGGGGGUGGGCAGAGGAACGCAGCCCUCUGGGAGCCCUGAGCAGAAGCGGGGGGGGGGGGGGGGGCUCCCGAACCCUACCUCCCGCCCUGAAGAGAGAGGGCUCGAGGGCCCCAUUUCUGACCACAGGGCCCUCCUGUCCCACUGUGCGUGCUGGAAGCAGAGGGCUCUGGGUCUGCUCUCCGCCGGGCCCCUCUGGUGCUCCUCCCGGGGUCCUGCCCCCGCCUCUCCCCGACCCCCUGGAAGGGCAUCAUGUGGGUCCCUGCGACGUGGAGGGGCCCAGCCGGGGCUCAGCCCCUUAACGCUCUUCUCCUUUGACCUGGACCGCUUUCAUCAGGCGUCACCUCGGACGGGGUGGCUGACCCAGGGAAGGGGUUAAAGAGCGGCCCUCUGUGGUUGUUUCGUGCUCAAAGGGAAGAGAGCGGGCCCCUCCGGGACACCUGGCUGGGGUGCCCUGCUGGCUACCCCCGCCCUGUGCUAAAUGCCCCCCUUCCCUCGACUCUCCUGGCCGGUGCACUGAGAUCCCCUCUCGGGGUCCCUUUCCCAGUCCUUGGAAUGGGCGUCCCUCCCCAACAGCCGCUGGAGCGAGCUGCGUCGGAGACAAUCCUGAUGUAACAAACUAAUCAUCCUCUCAACUUGAAAUCUCAUCUUUGCUGGCUUGGCGUGUGGUGGGAGCCGAGGCGACCAGGAGAUGGCAGACUGACUGUGAAAAACCGCGUCCUGCAUCCUUGUGUGCGGGACCGGCCGGCCGAGCACCUUCCAGCAUCCCCCCCCACCCCACGUCCCCGCGAGGGUCCAGGAAAUGGGCAAACAUGGGCUGCCCUUCUCCCCGGAGCAGACGAGAGCAGCGAGAACACAAGGGCGCUUUGCCAGUGCCAGGGAGCAUCACUGGCAAGAGUUGGGUAAAAAUAUUGCCAGAGAAUGGGAAGGUUUCCAGAGGGUUUAUGUUCUCUCAUUUGAUACCACAAUCCAGUGAGGUGGGUGCUACCAUAACUCCCAUUUUGUAGGUAAGGGAAACGGAGGCUGGAGAAGUGGUCAUUUAGGGAGGGGACCUGUAGCUAUUGCCUAAGGCACAGUGGCCCUCUCACCCAGUCUGAAGAAUGAGAAUGUGCUUUACUGUUUUCUCAAUUAAAUUAUUUUCUAAAGUCA